AUGGCACCAGCAGCGCGGAAACAGCCGACUCGUUCCGGACCUGCACCUUCAGCGAGCAAUACGACUCCAGCUCAGACAGCACGGCAGCAUGAUGCCAUAACGGACUUUCAAGCGAGGCGUCUAAAUCGUCGACUCGAAGAUCUCGAGCGGACCAACCCGACCGACAUCCCCGCUUCGUCUUUCGUCCCAUCUGAUUCGAAAGCCAAAGCUGGGGCCGAGAUAGGCUUCGGUGGAGUGGUGGUACCGCUCGCUGUGGAUAAGGGGAAGAAGAAGCAAUCUGGGAAUGUCAGGAAGAUCUUGUAUGCCAAGAAGAGCCUGAAGGACUGGUUGGAAGAGCUGACCCAAUACCGCCGUACCUUACUGCCGUCGCGCCCAUACCAUCCACCCCGCCCCGCAAACUCUGCUCGUCCUGCGGCUAUACCGGCGCGUAUCGGUGUCCAAGGUGUGCAGAGUGGAGCUGCGACAGGGAAUGUCUGGGGAUACAUGAGCGAGAUGGAGGAUGUGGCGUCGGCGGAUGAGCUGGACAUGACCCGCCAAGAGUCCCCUGGACCAGGCAGACAUCGCUCAACGCUCAACAACGUCGAUAUACGGUACGGCGUCGCGACGUGCCCUUGGACCCUAUGCGCUUGA